UGACCAUCCAUGCCAUGGAAGGAGGAGGAGGAGGAUGAGGAGGAGGAGAAAAGCCUCUCUACAUCACCAGCACACACACAAGCCACACAAGCACACAGUAGGCAGGAUCUGCUGAUGACAACCACCAGCUUCCACAGCAUUUCCACCCCUGCAGCUCCACAUUGUGCAGGGUCUGCAGGGACCAGAAAUGCCACACACACACACACACACACACACAGUCAUAUCCAGGCUUACACAGGCCUCCCUCUUGCCUUGCGGAACUUCCUGUGUAUGCCAGAGAUAACUGACCUAAUGGCCUAUCUCUUCCUCUCCGGCUGAACAUGGAGUGAGAGGGUUGUAGCCUGCCUGCAUCAGAAUACUGAUUAGUCGUCCUCCUCGUCAUCUGGCUGUUUGAACAGAGCAGUCCUUUACAUCCUCAGAUCAGAAUAAGGAUGUGAUCAUUUAAUGCGAGGUUUUGGCCAUGCAACUUAAACACAAGCAUGCUCUGCGAUGUGCGCCACAACACUUAAUGUGCCUCAUUGAGGGUUGAAAAUGCAUUUGUAUUAGGUCUCUUUAAAACUGCAGUGAUUGAGGUUUGGGUUGAUCGUGUUCUGCCACAGGCUUGCAGGCUAUUAUAGGUAUCAUCUCUGUGGUUUUGAACACGGGCUGAGGGAUAUGCGAAAAGUAGAUAUUGCUGUAAUUGAAAGACAGUCUUCUGUUAUUGCUGUUUUGCUGUAACAGGAUUUACAGUAUGUUUAAACAUGUCACAAUCUGAUUAAUGUGGUAGGCAAUAUACUAUCAAUGUCAAUAUUAACAUUAUUACAUGCUGAAGGUAAUACCAUAUCCAGAUCAGUGGGAUUUAGUAUGAUUCAGGACCGUGACCAGUUCAUCUGUCCCCAAACACACAGCAGAUACCCGGUGUCAGAACAGGCUGUUCUUUCUGCUGCUUCCUGUCAGAUAUUUUCCAUGCCUGUUUUGUGCAAGUGUGGUGUAACUUUGCAUCUGUCAGCCUUGAUGAUCACAUGCCCCAUGUGGUCGAUGCCUGCUUCACUGCAGGCCAUGUGAUCUUUGCAGUGGCUGCCUGCCAGCGCUCGUUGCCUUAGUUAGCCUUGACACCAUGUACAGUGCUGCCCUGUCCAGCAGCCCAGCAAAGCUCAACUCACUUAUAACCCACUGCCAUCACUAUGCAAACACCCUCUCAUUCUCUGUAUUUAUCUCUCCCACACCUUUUUUGUCUCACCCGUAACCCCUCUCAACACAUGUUGUCGCAUUCCCCCUUGUCUCACCCAGUCCCUUCCCUGCCAGCCUCCCAGUGUUUUGCUGAGUGCUGACUUUCACAAAGGCAGGCCUCCUUGGUGGCUUGCCCUAAACGAAAAUAAACCCUGUGUCGAGGGGCAGAAGGAGUGAAUAUUUCAUAUUGUGCUUUUAGAUGUACGCAAAUGCGUGAGGCAGGCCAGCACUGCCCAGGCAAAUCAUACUUUGUGGAGCUGUUCUUCCAAUGGCUUUUACCCUCGACCCUCUGCCUAGCCUUGUCUCUCAGCCUUUUCUCUCCCUCCUGGCUCCCCGAACCCUGCCCUUUGCUUCAUUUCAUUCAUUUAGCUUUAGUUUUCUGUCUCUAAUACUCAGGAUAGCUUCUUACUUCUUUUCUGUCUCUGUUUCUGUCAAGGCGCUGACUUCUUUUUCUCUUUCCAUAAGCUGAUUUUCUCUCCUGUGUCCUCUUAUCCUUGGUCCCAUUUCACAUCUUCUGCUUUCUGCCAUGUUUCUUCUUUUCCCGACCCAGUCCUUCUCUUGUCAGCCAGUGUCCAGUUUGAUCUGACAGGCAGGGCCAUGGAGGGAGCAGGUAGCACUGAGUCAUCUACUGUGAUUGGACUCUACCUGGAAGGUUUUUCCAGGUACAAUGGCUCUCUUCCAAGCGGAGACCGUGGGCGCAGAAAGAGCCGCUUCGCUCUUUACCGAAGGGCCAAGGCCAACGGCGUCAAACCCAGCGCUGUGCACAUCCUCAACACACCACAGGACAGCAAGGCUGUCCACAGCAGAGGGCAGCACAGCAUCUCUUUCACGCUGUCCCGUAACCAGACAGUGGUGGUGGAGUACUGCCAUGACAACAACACAGACAUGUUCCAGAUUGGACGCUCCACAGAAAGUCCCAUUGACUUUGUGGUGACAGACACCUCCGGAGGGGGAAAGGAGGGGGAGGACCCCUCCAUUGCUCCCAGCACCAUCUCACGUUUUGCCUGCAGAGUGGUGUGUGAACGCAACCCACCUUACACUGCUCGCAUCUACGCCGCUGGCUUUGACUCCUCCAAAAAUAUCUUCUUAGGGGAGAAAGCAACCAAAUGGAAAAACCCUGAUGGGCAUAUGGACGGCCUGACCACCAAUGGGGUGCUAGUGAUGCACCCGGAGGGGUUCCCAGAGGACCCCAAGCAGGGUCUGUGGAGGGAGAUCUCUGUCUGUGGAGAUGUCUACGCCCUGCGGGAGACACGCUCUGGACCCAGCCGGGGCAAACUGGCGGAGGGUGAGAGCAGUGCACUACGUGAUGGUUCCCUGGUUGACCUGUGUGGUGCCACCCUGCUGUGGCGUACAGGUGAGGGGCUCAUGCGUGCUCCCACCCUGCGUCACCUGGAAGCACUUCGCCAGGAGCUUAAUGCCUCUCGGCCCCAGUGUCCUGUAGGCCUCAGCACACUGGCCUUCCCCAGCCUGCCACGCAGCCACAGCCUUGAAGAGCGUCAGCCCUGGGUCUACCUCGCUUGCGGCCAUGUCCAUGGACGCCACGACUGGGGCCAGAGAUCUGAGGGGGUGCAGGAGCCAGGAGAGGGCGAUGGUUCCACAGCCCGCCGAGAAUGUCCCCUGUGCAGGAGCGUGGGUCCCUACGUGCCCCUGUGGCUGGGCUCUGAGCCUGCUGUGUACGUGGACGCUGGAGCUCCCACUCACGGUUUUGUGCCAUGCGGCCACGUCUCCUCAGAGAGGACAGCCAGGUACUGGGCCGAGACCCCGCUUCCCCACGGGACGCACGCCUUCAGACCCAUCUGCCCCUUCUGCUCCACUGCCCUCAGCUCCCCCGGCUGGACGCGGCUCAUCUUCCAGGGCCCCAUCGAUUAGUCGCCACUCCUCAGCAACCACUAUCACAGUAACUGAAAGAUGCCUGGGCUUCAUUCAUGUUGCAAACAUUGAUCAGUGUUCAGUAUUGAUUAGGAGUGCUCGUCAUUUUCACGUUAUAAAAGCAUGUGUGUUCUACACUCAGGCCUCACAUUCUGUGUGCAUAAAACAAACACUGUCCAACGUUGUUACUGAAUGCAGCCCAAGGCUGAAUAAUCCUGCGCCUUGUUUAUCCUUCGAUGCUUGUUGAUUGGUAUAGGAUCUGGAGAAUGAAGAUGAAGAUGAAAAAACAUGACAGAAUAAUCAAUACUGUCAUGUGGACAGUAUUUAUUCUAAACUCUAUGUGGUGUCCAGUACUCCAUCAUGGAGGAUUCUGCUGUUUUUCAUUCCAACCAAACACUACACUUGCUGAUUUCACUGAUUACCCAACCUUCAACAAGAGGGCUCUCAUAAGUAAACUGUAUAUACACAGGAGCUUAAAUGAUGCUGCUUGACCCUUUUCAAACCAUUAUUAUUCAGAAGCCAUGUAUGAAAUGACAAGUAGCUUUUUGCACAAAGGAAUGACCUUUUUACUCAGUUGAUCUGCAGUGUCUUACACGUCUGCAGCAUCUGUGUGUCCUUAACUCGGUGAAACACCACCUUUUGCACUUCUCGGCCUGUGAUAUCCGACCCCUUCUUAAUUUCUAAAAAUUGUUGCUGCAAUUGUUGUGAAAUGCUGCCACUCAAUUGGCUGUGGCAGCACUUUGAUCACCAUACAAUAUCAUCCAUUUGGCCUCAGCUCCUGCAAAACCACUUCUACCUUUAUUUCACAUCAAGUCUCUUUAUAUUUCUAUUUGCAUGCUGACUCUGUUUUCCUUCCUGAAUGACCAGCUCAUUUAUAUUCAUAGCUGCAUCCUCAGCAGGCCGUAUUAACUCCUUAUUGUAAAUGCAGGAGGUUGAAAGGUAAGAUCAGAGGCUUGUGCUUGUAUUCAGCAUUUCAAGUUUCUAGUGAUUCAUGGAGGGAAAGGUAUUAACCAUUCUUACAAUCAGGAUGUUUUUAAGCAGAUGCGUUUUCAUCUUUUGUCUACAUGUAUCCUUUUAGUGUGAAAUCUAUGCAGAGAGACCCCAUAAAUGAGACCCCUUGUGUAUUAUUAGGCUGGAAUGAAAGCCCGCAGACUCUUUGAUUAUCUCUGAAGUACUAGAGAGAACACUACACACUGUAUGAUCACACCACAAAGAAUUCACCUGCGAAGGCCAGAUCUUAUCCUGAUUCUCAAGCAGACCAAGGAUAAGCAAGGGCUGGGAAUAAAACCGGGUAAAAUCCACUUCAUAACUCUCUACAGCAAUAAUAGCACUCCCAUAGAUAAGCUAAAUGUUGUGCUAUGUUUAGCCAAGUGUUAGCGGUCACUUCAAACAUGGCUGAAAUGGUUUCCAGGUUAAGGGCUCAACCAGAGGCGUGUUCAAUGUCAUGAUUUAUUUUAUUUCCAGAUGAGGUCUUAGACCAGUGAUACAAGUGUGUGUGUGUGUGUGUGUGUGUGUGUGUGUGUGUGUGUGUGUGUGUGAGAUGUAACCAAAGCACUAGAAUUUAAAGAUGAGCAACAUGUCAGGUGAUUAAACACCUGACAUGUAUUUAAAUACUAAUUUCAGAUGCAUUAGCAGCCUUAACAUGCUGACAGAAAUAUGUAAGCAUGUUUAGGCCACAGCAGAACACAGCAGCCGUCAUAAAAGAACAUAUUGCAUCGCUGCUGUUGUGUUAAUUUGAACACACUUCUGGUUACUGAAUUAUGCUAAACAGGGUCCAUGUUAGUAUGAUGGAGUGUCAAAAAGUCUGACCUUGCAUAACCUCAAAAGAUAACCUUUUUUUGGUUUCAAAGAAAACUAUUUUGUUAGGAAAUGGGGAGGGAUUUAUUUAGGGAAGCGGGAGGAAUUCUUUUAGAUGUUCAGUGUUAAAAAAAAACACAACUAUUUUUCUAACUGAUAAUUGGUUUUAGUUAAAUGUUGUUACUCAGUGUAAGCAAGUUCUGUAUGUUUUCUGAAUAUUAUCGUGUGGUAGAUCUAGGAGAGCUUGUGAGUGAGACAAUGUUGCCAACACUGUGUCCAACAAACACACACUUAACACACUGCUACCAUAAAACAUUGCCCAGACAAUGAAUGUAGCCAAAUACUCAGGCUAUGUUUAGCCUUCCCUGGUGCUCAUAUUGAAUGGUCUAUAUUGUGAUACUAUUUUUGUAACUGAAAAUGAUGGUGUAGCUUGGUGAACUAGCUCGAAAAGUCAGAUACUUUCAAUAAUAGCCUCAAGUGUGGAAGACGUAUAAUUGAUAAUACACACUCACGUGGAAAUUGUCUAGCUUGCAUGUGCUGAACGUACACAUACAGUAUGUACACUACACACACACUUACUCAAAAACUUUGCACGGUUGAUUGCCAACCUGUUAUUCAUACUGAGAGCGAUUGUCGCAGACCAAGAUGUCUUCCGAGUUCUCGGCUGUAAAAACUGCAGCAUUUCUGUUGUUUGUUUUUUUUUUUUUUUUUUUUUUGGAAGACCGCUCCAAAAGAAAAAAAAAUAGAGAGCGCAAGCCUAAAAAAAUCCUCAUACUUGAUAGAUGUGUGAAGUUUGUGAAAUGAGACCUAUCAAAUCCCACUUUGUACUACUAUGCUAAUAUUUUCCACCAAACCAAUUCACUGCAGAAAGAUGUCCACAUCAACACUUGUUUUCAUUUUGUAUUUAGACUGAUCAUGGAACCUUUCAAGAUAUUGAAACCCAGCUUGCUUGUUUUCAAAAUACUAUAUUUUCCGUUUGAAGUCUAAAUGCAAGAUUUAAACUCCCUUCAGUGUGGUGGAUAAAUGAUGUAGUGUUGAUAAUUACUGUAGCUCAGGAUUAGUGAUUUCACAUUCACAGCUGGCAAGGACUGAAGGAAGCCUGCUAGAAGACACUUUCAGUAAAAAAAUAAAUAAAUAAAUAAACACAUUAUACAUUAUAUGUCAGAGUAAUCAUCUAAUAUAAUGGCCAAGUGAUAGAGGGCAUACAGUAGGGUAGAUCACCACAGGUCUAGGAUCAGUCACAUACGGGUCUUAAUAAAAGGGGUCUAGUGAAACAGGCUAUGAAAACAUCUCAAUCAGCUGCCCUUUGCUAAGCACGCCAAAUCCAGUGAAUCCUGCUUUUGAAGAUAGUAUAUACAACAAUAAAUGUAACGCCAUUGGCAUGUGGAUGGAAGAGUCACUGCAGCACCCUAAUUGGCUUCUAGUUUAUGAGCUGACAUAUUUAUUUUAGCAGAUUUUUCUUUACUUUUCCUUUGUUUUAUUCUUCGUUUGAACCCUCUUUGGGUUAUAGGUGUCCAUAUGCAAUUUCCUUUCCCCUUGUUUUUAGAUUUUAGUAUCAGUGGAUUUUUCAGAUGCAGUAUUUUAGUGUGGCAUCGAGUUGUUUAAUUCCACCAGUAACAUCAUUAGCUCUUCCCUAACUUUGUUUUUAUAUUAUAUGUAUCAGUUGACCUUCAUUCUAGAUGGCAAAACCUCAACCUCUGAACUUAUGAACUCAUCUUAUUAUAGGUGAGUGAGUAGCUGACACGUAUUAUACAGCGUCAAAACCUCACAGUUAAUAAUGCAUUCCUUUAAAUACAUCUGUGUUAUGUACAGCUAUUUUGUAUUAUUUUAUAUUAUAUUCUUCUGUAAUCGUCCGGUGCACAGACAAUCGCUAUACACAUGUCAAUAAACCUGUUAAAAAGUUGAA